AUGGAUCGCGAACGCCUCGAUGGAUUAUCUUACGAGCAGUUGAGAGACGAACUUAUUAAGCUCAAGCUUCCUGUCACUGCGUCUCGAACAGACUGUUUAGACAGACUUUUAACUUACUAUGAACGUUAUUAUGAUUGUGAAUCCGGAGCUAUAAACGAAGUGGCUAGUGGUUCUCAAACAAUCGCACGACCGUCACAAAGUGUCGACAAUGUUUCUUCUGUGCGUUCUGCUACUACCAUGGAAGAGAUGCAACAAUCCGUAACCUUUAUUAUGCAACAAAUGCAACGACAGCAACAAUUAAUCGAAAGGAUUGCUAAUGCGGUCACCUCCGCUGAGUCAGGCACGAGAAAUGCCCCUCCGUCAACAUCAGUGGCGCCAACGAAUCAACAAUCGCCAAUUAUAAUUUCUUCGUCAUCAGUUCGAAAUUCAAUGGAUGGUGCAGCAUCUAUGGACAAUAAUCGACAUAUUAAUGUUUUUCCGCCUUUGGCUAGUGCAUCCCCUGCACAGGCUGUUAAGCUGUUAGCUAAUCAAAUUUCUGUCUUCAGUGGUACGGAAGACGACGACGUCGAAGUUUGGAUUCGAAAAGUUGAAAGAGUUGCUUCAAUACAUGGAGUACAAGAUGGUGUUACUCUUCUUGCCGCAUCGAGCAAACUCACAAAAAAUGCAAGAGAAUGGUUUGACUUAGAUGAUGGGCAAAUCAACGACUCUUGGUUUUCUUUCAAAAACGCUAUCAUUAAACGUUUUAAAAGAUCGAGAUCGCAUACAAUUGAUAAUCAAUGGCAUCAAUAGUUUAUCUCUACGCAGCACUGCAGCAGCUAUAAGAACCAAUUCAAUGGACGACUUUUUGGAGCAAAUGGGACAAAUUACCUCCUCCUGCGCCAUCAACGUUAAGAAGUCUCCAC